CGGCUCACGUCUCCCUUCGACCCCGACGGACCCCCCCCCCCCUUCGACUCCGCCCCCCUCCUCUCUCUCGCAUGGAGAGCUACUCCCUCCUCUACAGCUCCUCCCACCGGACCGCGCUCCUCUCCGGCUUCCAGCGCCUGCGCUCUCGGGGGGACAUGUGCGACGUCGUCCUGGAGGUCGGCGGCGUCUCCUUCCCGUGUCACCGCGCCCUCCUGGCCAGCUCCAGCGAGUACUUCCGGGCCCUGUUCGGAGAGACGACGGCGGAGCGAUCGGCGCGCUCCGUUAGCCUCCCGGCGCUGACGCCCGAGGGUCUGGACGACGUUUUGAACUUCCUGUACUCCGGGUGGCUCGGCGUGUCGUCGGCGACGCUCCCCGCCGUCUUGGAGGCGGCCCGCUACUUGCAGGUGGAGACGGCCGUGGCGCUGUGCGAGCGCUUCGUGACCGACGGCUUGAACGCGGACCGUUGCUGCCGCUACGCCGACCUGGCGGAGCGCCACGCCCUCCCGGACGCCCUCGACGCCGCCAAUCGAACCAUCGCCGCGGAGAUGGGGACGCUGCUGCGGGAAGGCAGGGGCGGCCUCCUCCGGUUGAACAUCCGAUCGCUGGCGGCGGUGCUCGACGCCGACGAGGUGCCCGGCGUCAAGGAGGCGGAGCUCGUCAAGCUGGCGUUGGAUUGGCUGGAUGAGAACGGGCCCCUCCCUCUGCUGAAAUCCAAUCUCCUGCUGAGUCGUCUGCGCUUCGGAUUGGUCGCCCCCUCUGACCUCGCCGAGCUCAGCGCCGCCCACAGGGCCAUGGCCACGCCUCUCGUCAGAAGCCAGGUGACUCGGGCGCUGGAGUACCACGGGUCGGGUUCGGCUCAGCCAAUCAGGCAGAGCAGGCAGUCCACGCUCAGGGCGCCGCCCGACCGCGUGCUGCUCGUGGGCGGCGGCUCCAGCCCCGAUUGGCCGGAGCGGCAGAUGCUGGCGUUUGACCCCAGGAGCAGGAAGUUCUCUCCCGUGGGCUCCGGCGUCCCGCUGCGACUGAGACGUCACUGCGUGUGCUCGGUGGGCGGUUUCCUCUUCGUGAUCGGCGGAGAGGAAGUGAGCGAGGGAGGCGAGGAGGCGGGAAAGCCCGUCGCCGGCGGGGCGACGUCCAGGCGGGCGUGGCGCUACGACCCCCGCUUCGACCGCUGGGAGGCGAUGGCGUCCAUGCUGGAGAGGCGGGAGCGGUUCGCCUGCUGCGUGGCAGAGGACGCCAUCUACGCCAUCGGGGGGCGGGGCGCGCGGCCGGGCGCCGGCGGGAGCGCGUCCGUCGAGUUUUACGAGGUGGCCGCGGGAGCGUGGCGGAGGGGAACGCCGAUGCCCCGCCCCCUUCACGGCCACGCCUGCGCCGCGCUCGGCGGCGGCAUCUACGUGUCGGGCGGGCGUUCGGGCGGCGGCGGCGACGAGCGGGACGACCGCGGCGAGAGCGGCAGGGACCUGGUGUUCUGGGACCUCGGAGGCGGAGCCUGGGAGAAGCGAGCGUCCACGGCCAUCGGGAGGUUCGGCCACCGGCUGGCGGCGGCCGGCGGGUUCGUCUACGCCCUGCUGGGAAUGCACGAGCCCUUCUGCGACAUCGAGCGGUACGACCCGCGGUCGGACCACUGGACCCGCCUCCGGCCGCUUCUCGCCGGCUCCUUCGACUACGGGGUGGCGACGACGGCGUCCGGGAAUCUGCUGGUGUUCGGCGGGAGGAGGUGGAGCGACGGGCGGGAGGUGACGGCGAGGAGCGUGAUGGAGUACGACACGAAGGCGGACCUCUGGAGGGAGAUCUGUCAGCUGCCCAGACCUCUGGCGGGGACGGAGUGCACACUGCUGCCUCUCCCGGACUGAAGCUGAGUUUAUUAAGGAUCCCCAUUCGUCGACACCGGAGUGGAGACUAUUCCUCCUGGGGUCCAGGCAACAAAAGAUUACAAUAC